ACAGAGCCGGAGCGCCUGAACGACAUGACUGAAGAAAAUAAUAAUACGGCAGAAACGCUUGUCGGCCAACCGGAGCCAAGUAGCAUCAUCACAAUCACCACCAGCCUCGGAGACGAAGAUGAAGAUAUUCAUAGAUGUGGGCGAUGCGGUGAGGAAUUUUCCUCUUUGGAUACUUUCAUUCAGCACAAACUUAAUCGGAACUGUAAACGUUCUCUACAGGAAUCACAGAUAAAAGUCACUGAUGAUGGAGAACCAUCAGAUGAUGCAGAGAGAUCCAUAACAGAUGGAGGCAGAAAGAACCAUAGUGAGUCUGAGGAUGGCGAUUCCACGAAACUUGUCCUAAAGCUCAAUGAAGACGGCCGCUACGUCUGUCAUACAUGUGAGAAGACAUUCAAGACGGCAAAUAUCCUGAGGACACACUUGUUCACUCAUACAGACAGGAAGGACUUUAAGUGUGACCAAUGUGGCGCUGAAUUCAGAACAAAAGGUUCUCUGAUCCGUCAUAACAGGCGGCACACAGAUGAGCGGCCCUACCGGUGCUAUCAAUGCGGCCUUUCAUUUAGAGAGUCUGGUGCACUCACCAGGCACCUGAAGUCCCUCACUCCAUGCACAGAGAAGAUCCGUUACAGCCAAUGCAAAGAGAUCCUUAUAAGCAAAGAUGGUAUUCGAACAGUGCCUCAGCCUUCAGCUGCCUCUCAGAAAGAGCAGCAGCUGCCAGUGGUCAGUGUGCUGGAGACGGUACAGGAUGCAAUUCAUAUUCAAGUGGUGGAAACCCUAGGAGAGGUCCACCAGGUAAUAUCUCAGCCUGAAGAUGAGACUGUGGUGGAGGAGGACAGUUUAAUAUGCCAGGCCAUUAUCAACUCAGGAAUCGCUCUGGAGACUGAAGCCGCACAGGCUGCAGAACAAGCGGAGGCUCAGUUACCUAAAGGAGUGCUUCAGAGUCCUGAGGCUGAUGGCAGGGUCACAGAGAUUCAGGUCACUGAGGAGUGUGUGGAGGUGGAGGCAGAGAGUGUGGAAUCCAUAGAUGACCCAGAAACCUCUCCAUCAAGGUCACACAAAUGCCCUCACUGCGAGCGAACAUUCAGAAUAGCAUCCCACCUGUGUGUCCACAUCAAAGGCCACACUGGUUACAAGCCAUUUAAGUGCCUGACAUGUGAGAAGGAGUUUCUAACAGGCUAUUUGCUAAAGAAGCACAUGGAGGUACAUGUGACAGAGCGCCGGUACAAGUGCGGUGAAUGCGGCAAGUUGUUUAAAGCCAUCGGGCACGUGCGUGAGCACAUGAAGGCACACUCAGAUGAGCGUUCACACCACUGCAACCUCUGUGACAAGAGCUACAAAACCAAGAACGCUCUCCAGGUGCACCACCGCACACACGGUAAAGACAAACCCUACGUAUGUCCACAUUGUUCUCGGGGAUUUCGGGAAAAGGGUGCUCUGGUGCGUCACAUUCGGCACCACACCGGGGAAAAGCCAUUCAAGUGCUCCAAGUGUGGUCGUGGUUUUGCAGAGCAUGGCACUCUUAACCGUCAUUUACGAUCAAAAGGGGGCUGCAUAUCACUACAGGAGAAUGAGCUGGAGCAAGAGGCAGAGUCGCCACCAGGCUCAGAUGAGCAGCAGGAGUGUGCGGACAGUGUGGCAGCUGCCCUCAUCUCUGAAGAUCCCCAUGCAGUGCUGGUGGAGUUCUCUUCUGUAGUGGCUGAUACUCAGGAAUACAUAAUUGGAACAUCAGCCGAGGUAGCAACGACAGGAGACGAGGUGUCUGUUAUCCAGCACAAUCAAAACCAGAUGGACAGUCAGAUCCUAAAGGUGGUGCAGCAAGUCGUGAGUCAGGUGCACGGUGGCCAGCAGAUCAUCGUGCGCAACAUUGAGGCUGAUGAAAAACCCGGUGUCUUCGACAGUGGCGACACGAUCACCGUCGCCACACCAGAAAGCCUUACUGAACAGGUGGCCAUGACUCUGGCUAGUGCGAUCAGUGAGGGUACCAUCCUCAGCACCACCACCGCAGAUGGCACUACCACCGUGGAGCUCAUGGAGCAAGAUGAGCAGUAUGUCAUUGCCUCCUCGGACGAGAUGGAAGUUCAGACAGUGGUGGUGGUCUGAGACAAAUCACCAGGAGUGAAAUGAGUGAACAUGAGUGAACUGUUAGGAGUAGAUUUUCUCUCCAGUCAAGCCUUAUUCGAUAAAAAACUUUCAGCUGUUUGCACUUACUGAAGGACAAAACCGGGAUUGUUCACAAGAUUUAUACAGUUUUAUAUUGUGUUUAUUGUGUUUAUCAAAUAAUAAUUUACCUAGAAAACAUUGUACUUUAUGGUGUCAUCAUUUAACAUACACCUGCUUGAAUUUGACCAGUAUUUAUUUGGGUUGCGCCCAUAUCAAUAAACAUGGAUGAGAAUUA